AUGCCUUAUAACAUUUAUGAUUAAUAACUAAGAUAAUAAGACCGACUGUUAGCCAAGUUCUAAGAACUUUUUAGCAAGCCAUCACAAUAAACUUAUUUGAAUAAAAGUGAAGCUCUUCUGAUAGCAACAUUAUUUCUCUUAGAAGGAUUAGUACAAACUACAUUAAUGUUACAUACUUCAUUAGUACUGAUUUAUUUGUUAAAGAUCAUUUACUCAUCAAAUCCUUAAUACUUACAAAUCUUCACUUUAAAAUGGUUUUUAUUAAGUAAAUUCUUAACAUGUAGAUUUUUUUGGACAUUAAUGUCAGAAAUUAAUAUUGAAUAGUUGAGAAUAGAUUUUGUAUUAUUAUGUUUUUAGAUGAUCAUAAUUGUUAUCAAAUUUAGAUUAUCUAAUAUUAAAAUAGCUAUUUUAAUAGGAAUUCUAACAUUUUAAGUUGGAUUACAAUAUAUUUUAUCAUAGAAAUUAGAUGAUAUUACAAUUAUAUGUUGGAUUGGAGGAUUAACAAUUAUGUGGAUACUCUAUUAAAAGUAGUUAUAAAUUUAAGAAGAGUAUGAUUAAAAGAUUAAAGAAUUUGAUGGAGAAGCUAUAAAAUUAAAGAAAGAAAUAGAGAUGUCAUAUAAAACAAUAAUAAUUGAAGAUUAAUAAUAAUCUCGUUAAGAAGAAUUAUUAAAAAAAUUACGUUUAUUAAAAUAUUAGAAAUUAUUAGACAAAACUGAGCAUAGUUAUUUAGAAGAAAAGCUUUUAUAAAAAUAAAUGAGUUAACCUUCUAGAGUAUUAACAGUACGUAAUUUACCUGAUGAUGAUGAUAAAAGUUCUAUUUAAGAAAUAGAAGAUUCUCCUAGUAAAAAAUCACCAAUUAGAAGAGCUUUAAGAUUAAAUUCUAUUAAUGAAUCAUUAUCAUUUGCUCAUACUGUUGGUCAUAGUAUGAAUAGAGAUGAAAUUAAAGAAAAUGAUGAAAAUUUUUUUACUUUGGAUGAUUUAGAUGAUUUACUUAAAAUAGUAAGUGGUAGAAAAGAACAUUUAUGGUUACCCUCUUUUUUAAGAAGUAAUAAGAAUAUUGAUACUAGAGGUUCUGAAUCUUUCUCUCCUGAAGCUAAAAAGUAAUUUAAAAUUAUUAUCAUAGUUUUAUUCUUAAUCAUUUUACUGAACGUGAAUUUAAUUUUUAAUAAUAAUAAGGUGAAACUAAGAUUUAAGAACAUUAAUAUUUUAUAGAUUCUAAUUAUAAUUAAAUGAAAGAAUGUUUAAAUAAUUUUAAUUUUGAUUUCUUUGAAGUUAAUGAACCAAAUAAAUUUAUUAGUUUUAGUUCCUUUAUAUUUCAAUAAUAUAAGUAAUCAAUCUAAACUAAAUAUUAGUAUUAAUUAAGUACUUAAAAUUAAAGAAAAGUCAAUUUAAAUUGAAUUCUGUCAUAGAAUUGAAUCAUUUUAUAUGCAAAAUCCUUAUCAUAAUUCUAUUCAUGCUAUGGAUGUAGCAAAUUCUGCAUCUUUUUUUUUAGAGAAUGGUCUAGAUGUCACUCCAUUUGAAUAAUGUUGUUUAAUUAUUUCAGCAUUAUCACAUGAUGUAGGACAUCCUGGAUUAAAUAAUGGCUUUUUGGUUGCUUCUCAAUCUAAAUAAGCAUUAAUAUGUAAAGAUGAAACCAUUAAAUAGAUAAUGAUUAAAGUGUAUUAGAAAGUUAUCAUGCUUCUUUGAUGUUUCAUGUUUUGAAAGAUGAAAAGGCAAAUAUCUUAAAGAACAUAAAUGAUGUUGAUUAUAAAGGAUUUAGAAAGUAUUGUUUAAAUUUAAUAUUGGAUACUGAUUUACAAAAGCAUUUUCCAUUAUUAAAUAAAUUUAAGAAUUUUCUAGCUUUAGGCUCAGAUAGUCAAUCAGAUGAGUAAAGCAAAUUAUUAAUUCUUUCUAUAGCAAUUAAAUGUGCAGGUAAUAUUGAUAAUAAUAAUAUAUAGAUAUUGGACAUGGAGCAAAAUAAUUGAAUUUACAUAAAUUAUGGAGUCGUAGAAUUAUUGAAGAAUUCUUUUUAUAAGGAGAUUUAGAAGCUUAAGUUGGUAUAUAAGUGACACCAAUGUGUGACAGAAGUCAAAGUGUAACUAAAUCGUAGGAAGGCUUUUUAAAAGCUAUAGUAUGGCCUUUAUUUGAUGCUUUUGGAGAAUUUUUGAAAAAGUAUAAAGAUAAUAAUUAAUUCUUUUUAGUGAAAAUUUUAAAAAGAUUUGUUUAGAUUAAAUAAGUGUGAAUAUCUAAUAUUGGUAAUAGCAAUAAUAGGAAGAGGAAGAAAAUGGAAAAGAAUAUAAAUGUUCUUUCUUUUUAGAUACUAAUAUUAUUAGCAUUCCAGUAUAGAAUAAAAAUAUGAUGUUCAAUUUGAAUUGGUGA